ACCUAAAUUUCCCACAACAAAAACUCCAAGUCUCACAACUACUACUAGCUACUACUACUUCCAUACCAACCUACAACCCACUUCUUCUCAUUGGCAUUGUAACAUUUCAAGUUAUAGAAUCAAGAGUACGUAGUGGUCAAUUGAUCUAAGUGAUCAAAAGCUCUCAUCAUCAUCAUCAUCAUCAAAAGUUUUUUGCGAGGUUUCAUUUGUUUGAGAAAAUGGACAGAGUGACUAAGAUGGCAUCCGAGAAGCCUGUGGUGAUCUUCAGCAGAAGCACUUGUUGCAUGUGCCACACCAUAAAGACCUUUUUCUGUGACUUUGGGGUGAACCCAACAGUUUAUGAGCUAGACGAGGUCCCAAGAGGGAGAGAGCUCGAGCAAGCGCUCACCAUGCUCGGCUGUAGCCCUACUGUGCCGGCGGUCUUCAUUGGUGGUCAGCUGAUCGGUGGUGCCAAUGAUGUCAUGAGCCUUCAUCUCAAGGGGUCCUUAAUCCCAAUGCUCAAGAGCGUUGGUGCUUUAUGGGUUUGAGAAACUUUUAAUCACAAUAUUACUACAGAGAGAGCUACAUAUAUAUAUAUAUACACUAAUAAUAAAAUGUGAUGUUUUUGCUACUAGUUUCUUAUAACCGUACGUACCUACGUUAGAGUUUUAAGAGAUAUUUAUCGGAAUAUGAAAAUAGCGCGCUUAUUAUAUAUAGAAUGAGCUUGUUAUAGUUAAUAAUAAGCACAGCUUAAUUAGGCUACUUUCUCCUUUUUUGAAGAAGGUAGCUAAUAAGCUAGCUAAAUAUAUUAAAUAAUACAUAAUCUACUUGGUGUGUGCUCUAGCUUUUUUGUAACACUAUUAUAUAUAAAUAUAUUGUGUUUUGUUUUUUAUUA